AUGGGUCUUUUAAAGGCUUUACUAUUAUCAAUUAUACUUGUUGAAGGUCAGAUAAUUGUUGAUAUAACUUACAGUCCUUGCACAGAGCAAGACUUUGCUUCAAGCCUGAAAGUAAUUCUGGAGCAAAGUUUCCAAGACGAAUUUGAAUUUAAUUUAGUCUAUUUAGAAAACUAUUGGGAUAUUGGCCUAGUUAUCAAUAGUCCUGAUAUAGUUUUUGACCUUACCUUCAGCGCUUCAUUAUUAGAAUCAAUCAAAAAAAUUGCUGAAAUACAGAAUUUCAUUAUCGGCUCUAUUGCCAAGCCAACUAUUUUAUAUAGCAACUGAGAGUUUUUUAUGCAUAAUUCGUGGAAAAAUCAGAUGAAAACAUUAUAUUCUAUUAUUUCUUACCUAAAUUGGCAAACAUUUAUAGUGAUAUCUGAUGAAACUUAUAGCGAGAAUAAUGAGUUUUAUGAUUAUUUUUUUGAUAAAGAUUAUCAUCGAUUUUAUUUCUCAAACAUCAACGACGAAAAAUCAGCAGAUUUAUUUAUAGGAAGAGCAAUUCAACCUAUCGGAAUUAAAAAUAUUGUCAUAUUAAAUAAAGGUGAAAGCACAAAAUUGCUCUUGAAAAGCUUACUCCUCACUAUUUUUGAGUAAAAACAAACCCCUUAUGAGCGACAAAAAUUUUUUUUAUAAAAAAUUUUUAUGAAAGAUAUUUUGAUAUAUAAGUGAUAAAUAUUAUAAUGAAAUGUCAAACUAAUUCUGCUUGGAUUUUAAAAUAUAAAAUUUUACAAAUCAAAUUAAUAUUUAUUUUCCAAUUUAUGCAAAUUAGGAUUGUUUUAAAAUUUCGAAAAAAAACUAUAAAAUAUAUAAAUUUUAAAAAAAUAUUAACUCCCUCAGUGAGCGAACAAAGAUUUUCCGUUCGUUCAUUGAUGGGGCGGCGAGUUAGAAAAAUUAGAUUUACUUGGUUUUGGUACUGGGGUUAUUGUAGGAAGUGAGGGCUCUUGAGGCAUAUAUGGAAAUGGAGUUGUUUCUUAUACAGAAUCAGGAUUAGAAACAGCUGAUAGCAAUAUUAGCUAUAGGGCUUUCCCUUGAAUAGCCCGAUAACUGGCUGGCUUCAUUCAUCCGUUAUCGGGCUAUUCAAGGGAAAGCCCUAUAUCAAGGUUUGGCAAUAAUCAAUUUUUUAAAGCUUGUGCUUAGCUUUUCUCAACCUUAUGGCAAUUCAGAUUUGCUUGAAUUUUUAUUGAAAAAUACAAGUGACCAUCAUCCAAUUUCAAAAUUUUCGCUUCUGAAUAAUCAAAAUAACCUAAAAGUCAUAUCAGGGAGUAUUGCUAACGAUACAUUAUACAUAAUGAACCCUUUAAAAUAUCCAGGAGAUUCACUAGCAAUUCCAAACUCUCCUACCACUUCUAUCAAUAUAUGAUACGACAAUUCAAGUUUAGGUCUAUCUGUACUAGAUGCACUAUCUUAUGCUUUAGAAUACUAUAAAACACUUCACUCUUUGGAUGGCUUUAAAAUAACAACCACACCUUGCAACUGUGGCAUGAUUAUAUAUGACCAAGCAAGCGGUUUUUCUUGUUUUGCUAAAUUAGUGACGAUCCCUGCUGUUGGUUUUCUAACUUCAUUUGCUCCAUGAACUAGCAUUUUAUAUAUAUAUGCUUUAAGAUCUCUAAAGUGUUCAAUCCCUAACGUUUCUCCAUAUGCGACUUCAAGUCUUACUCAAAAUAAAACUGCUUUUCCUGAAUUUAUGACUGUUAUAAGAGACGAAAGAUUUAACUCACAAGUCAUAUUGGACUUGGCUGUUAUUUUUGGCUGAAAAAAAAUUAUCGUGCUUUAUGAUGAUUAUAAUAAAAACACUUAUUUAUACUUUAUUGCGUUGGCAGAAAAAUUAAAUAUUAAAAUUGCUAACAGACCUGAACUACAAAAAAUAGAUAAUGAGUAUACUAGAGAUAAAUAUCCAAUAUGAAAGGACUGGUUUGCUGAAAUAGUUAGUCUAAAAGUAAGGCUUUUUGUAAUAUUUUUGAGUCCUCCUUUUGCAUUGUAUAUAGCCGAAAGUUUUUAUGAUGCAGGAUUAAGACAAGGGGAUAUAAUUAUAUUGUCAAACAAUAAGCUUGCAUAUGGAUUUUCAUUAGAAACUGAUAUUGAACAAAGAAGAAAACUUUUAGAACUCUCUUAUGGAGGAAUUGUGAUCGUGCCUUCACACGACGACUAUCUCAUAACGAUUGCUUUUGUUGGCCUAUUUUUUUCACUUUCGGCUUAUGUUUUUUUUGGCCUAUUAUUUUUUGACCUUUUUUUUGGCCUAUUAUUUUUUUAAGCCUAUUUUUUCACAGGGCUUACUUUAAGAAUACAAAUUAAUUACUUUUUAAAUUUAGAAAAAUUAUUAACUAACUCAAUACUACUUGCAUAAGUAUGUCUCAGCUUCUCAAUAGUUUUGGCCACAAAAAGAGGCUAAAAAAAAUAGACUAAAAAAUCAGGCUUAAAAAAAUAGGCCAAAAAAAAUAGGCCAAAAAUAGGCUAAAAAAAAUAGUUGUUAUGAAAUAUGCGUCGUGUGUAGGAACCAUUGUGAUAGCGCAAGUUGAAUGAAUUGGGGAAUAUGGAAAAAUGCUUAAAAAUGGUUUUGUAGAGAAGUAUGGAAAUCAUACAGAUCUGGGCUGCUGGGCUUUUGAUGCUGCAAUGCUACUUUUAAAUGGAAUUGAGUUUACUAUAAAGCAAGGCGAAAAUGUUAAAUUCCAACCUCCGUGAGCGAACAAAAAAAUUUUGUUGUUCAUUGAGUGUUUAAUUUUUUUUUUAAAAUUUAUAAAUAAAUUUUAUAAUUUUUUUUUUGAAAUUUAAAAAUCAAUUCGAAAAAAUUUGGUAAAGCAAAUAUUUAUUUAAUUUGUAAAAUUUUAUGUUUUGAAAUACAAUUUGUUAAAAUAAACUUAUCAAAUUUUAUUACACUAAUUAUCACCUAUAUACAAAAAUUUUUUGUUCGCUAUUUUGUGGUUUUUUGGGAAAAAAAUAGGAAUUUUUUCAUGGUCACAGAAGGGAGAGUAGAGUUAUGAAGUGAUGAAUAAAAACCUGAGAAAGCAAAAGUUUGUAGGCUGUUCUGGGACUGUGUCUAUUGAGUCUGGGGGUAAUCAGAGAAGUUUUCCAACUCUAGGUAUAUACAGUUUGAGAUGGGACGAGAGAAUUCAAUCUCUAUAUGAGGAUUUUGUAGGGCAAUAUGACAUUAAUAGUGCUCAAUUGAUUACUUUAUAUAAGAGCAUUUUGUGAUAUGAUAACACAACAGUAGUACCUACAGACACAAUAGUGUAUGAAAAUGGCUGCCCAUUUCCUAAAAGCAAAAUUUCUAAUUCAAAUAGCGGCGCUAGUAUAUUAUAUGGAAUAUCAGCUGCACUGAUAGCUUUUACAAUUAUUACAGCAUUUGCUGUAUGAAAAAGGUUUUGAAAAAAUAUCACGAUAAAAAAAUUGAGCACAGCUACCCGUGUACAUUUUGAGGACUAUAUUCUUAUGUGAUUUAUGGCUGCUGAUUUUUUCCAAUUUAUAUCUCAAGGGCUACACAAAUAAAAUGGCGACGUUAAGUUCCAACGACGAAGGCAUAGUAGUACCAUACUAGCUAGGGAGUUUAUCCCUAGAUGAAACUCUAGUCACUCAAGCAGCAGCUGCCAAGUCCCAAACCUGAUACUCCAAGAUUCCGAGACAGCAUUAAGAGCCAGGCUGAAAUCUAGAGGCGAGCUAUCUCGGUGGAAAUGCUGAUAUACCCAGGAAGGUUCGCUAGCUACUGAAGUAGUCUUCUACCAAGAUUUGUCUCAAUUAAGGCGUAAAAAGAGGAAGGGCCCUAGUCUUUAUUUAAUGCUAAUAUCUCAAGGGCCAGAUAUAAGUGAAUUAUAUAUAUGGUUAUCAAAAGCUUGUAGCUAUUCCCUUAUUCAUUUUGAUUCUUCAGUUACAGGAGAUAUUUACUGAAUUUAUUUAUAUUCUGCAAUGAUUAUUGCUUGCUUUUGAAUAUUUUCAGCUUUUAUUUUAAUAUUUAAACUGAAAAUGCUUGAUAGUUGGAUGCUGAGAUAUGCUAGAAAAAUAUCUUUACUUUUGCUACCUAUCAUUGGAAAUUUGUUAUUUGUGCCAAUGAUUUCCGUCCUUUUAAGCAUUUUUCAAUGUGAUAAAGGAAUAGGCUCGAUUAUUACUGAUUCUUUUAUAAAAAAUGAUUGUACAACAUAUUGCUGAACUCAAGAAUAUUCUAUAUGAGGAGCUCUUUCAAUAAUUUUUUUAGCCACUUAUAUCCCAUUGACAAUUUAUUUUCGGGAAUAUUAUGAGAAUGUUAAUGACCAUAUCAAUAUCAAAACAAAUCCCCGUUUUAUUUUAGAAAAGUCUAUUUUUCAAGUAAUCAUAGUUUCUAUGAAUAAGACGAUAAAGAUUUAUAAUGAAUCUUUACAUGGCCUUUGCUGUAUCAUCCUUAUGCUUAUCUUAAUUGUAAUUAGCUUAAAGCAAAACUCUUACAAUUAUAGUAGGAUGAAUCUUUGGCUGAUCAUUUCCUAUUUAGUCCACCACGGUGAGCGAACAAAUACAUUGGAAAAAAUCCCUAUUUUUUUGCCCAAAAACCCUAGUGAGCAAACAAAAAUCUUUCAUAUAAAAAAAAUUUAAUAUAUAUAGUGAUAAUUAAAUCUCUUGCUUUUUCUGCUAUUUUUAAACAGCUUGCAUUUUCAAUUUAAAAUUUUACGAAUUUUGAAAAAAAAAUUACCAUAAAAUUUACAGAUAACUCUUUAAAGCGAACAAAAUUUUUUUGUUCUCUCUAGCAGGGAGGGAGUUAGCAAUUUUGUGGAAUUUUAUUUUAUCAUCUCUUUAUUGACUCACAAAAUUUGAUUCACUACUAUGGCCUAUGAUGCAAUAUUCAUUCUGGCUUAUCUUUAUAAUAGCUGGGAUAAUAAUUCAAUGCAAAUGGCUUCCAAAUUUACUAAUUACUGACAAAGGAGCAGAUAUUACAAUAUUUUUCAAAUUUUUAAUAGGAAGCCAAGUUUCAGCAGCCGAUAUACCAUUUUUUGCUCAUUUAGGAGCAAUAUUUUUGCCAAUUUUUCUGACAAUUACAAUUAAAAAAUUACAAAUGCAAUAUAUAGCUCAUAACUGUCAAUUUUUAAUUAGCUCUUUUCAUAAAAAUUAGGAUUUUCGUGGCCUAAUUAAUAAUCACAGGUAUUAUUGUUAAAGAAUCUAUAAAGGGUCUUAAGCUAUAUCAAUAAAAUAAGAAAGGAAGUUGCAAGAAAUAAUUUUUCUAAUAGAGAGGCUCCAAAUUCUUUAUCAAGAUUAAAUCUCCAGUUUUAA